AUGAGGGCUGGCUGGCUUCAGUUCGGGGUGAUUUCCAUUGCUAACUUUGCCAUUGCAGAGGAGCUUCUUGCACAUUCACCCCCAUACUAUCCAUCUCCAUGGGCGUCUGGCCAGGGAGGUUGGGCAGAUGCCGUUCAAAAGGCGCGUGAUUUUGUAUCUCAAUUGACCCUCGCCGAGAAGGUCAAUUUGACAACCGGUGUAGGGUGGAUGCAAGAGAGCUGUGUAGGCCAGGCAGGAUCAAUUCCCCGCCUUGGUUUCCGCUCUCUCUGUUUGCAAGAUGGGCCUCUUGGAAUUCGCUUUGCCGAUUAUGUUUCCGCCUUCCCCGCAGGUGUCAAUGUCGCUGCCACUUUUAGCAAAGAACUCGCUUACGAGCGUGGGAGGGCAAUAGGGGAGGAACAUCGAAAUAAGGGUGUGGACGUUGUUCUAGGCCCUGUAAUUGGUCCAUUGGGCAGGUCACCAGACGGGGGGCGAAAUUGGGAAGGCUUCAGCCCUGAUCCUGUCAAUUCAGGAUUUCUUGCUGCAGAAACUAUUAAAGGGAUCCAAAGCGCCGGUGUUGUUGCUUGUGCUAAACAUUUCAUAGCUAACGAGCAGGAACGAUUCCGCCAGGCACUUGAGGCUCGAAGCUAUGGUUUCAAUAUUUCGGAAAGUUCGAGCUCCAACAUUGAUGAUAUAACGAUGCAUGAGCUAUAUCUCUGGCCUUUUGCAGACGCUGUUAGAGCAGGUGUAGGAUCUAUUAUGUGCUCCUAUAACCAAAUUAACAACAGUUACGGCUGCGCAAACAGCUACACGCAGAACAAGCUACUAAAAGCUGAGCUUGGCUUCCAGGGGUUCAUUAUGAGCGAUUGGCAAGCUCAACAUAGUGGUGUUAGUUCUGCUCUGGCCGGCCUGGACAUGUCUAUGCCAGGUGAUACGGUAUUUGGCACUGGUAGAUCCUUCUGGGGAACCAACUUGACUGUUGCAGUUGCGAAUGGCACGGUUCCUGAAUGGAGAGCGGAUGAUAUGGCCAUUCGGAUUAUGGCUGCUUACUUCAGAGUUGGCCGCGAUGAGGAAGAGGUACCCGUCAACUUCAAUUCUUGGACUCGGAAUGAAUAUGGAUAUCAACAUGCCCUGGUUGGCAACGGCUACGGCAAAGUAAAUGAAAGAGUGAACGUUCGUGCAAGACAUGCAUAUAUUAUCAGACAAGUUGGAGCAGCUAGUGUCGUGUUGCUUAAGAACACAGGGAGUCUCCCUCUCACUGGUUUGGAAAAAACCACCGCCAUUAUUGGAGAGGAUGCAGGCCCUAACAUAUUCGGGCCGAAUGGUUGUCCUGAUCGAGGUUGCGCCAGCGGCACAUUGGCAAUGGGAUGGGGAAGCGGUACUGCCGACUUCCCAUAUCUCGUUACUCCUGCAGAAGCUAUUCAGAAUGUGAUCCUCACCAAAGGUGAGGGCAUAGUGGCUCCGAUUUUUCACAAUUGGGCGUUGUCGCAGAUCAAAACAGUAUCCUCUCAGGCCACGGUUUCUCUAGUCUUUGUUAACGCCGGUUCUGGAGAAGGAUAUAUUUCUGUGGAUGGGAAUGAAGGGGAUCGUAAAAAUUUGACCCUUUGGAAAGGAGGAGAUGAAUUGAUCAAGACCGUGGCGUCAAAUUGUAACAAUACCGUGGUUGUGAUACAUAGCACAGGGCCCGUCUUGGUUAGCAAGUGGAAUGAACAUCCCAAUGUGACGGCAAUUUUGUGGGCUGGUUUACCUGGCCAAGAGAGCGGUAACUCAAUUGCGGAUAUACUAUACGGAAACAUCAAUCCAGGAGGGAAAACUCCCUUCACCUGGGGCGAAACAGCGGAUGAUUAUGGCACACCCAUCUUAAAGGAGCCAAAUGCGGGAAACGGCGCACCUCAGAUCGAUUUCACGGAAGGAAUUUUCAUCGACUACAGAGCAUUUGACAAGGCCAACAAAUCCCCAAUCUACGAAUUUGGAUUUGGGUUAAGUUACAGCACAUUUUCGUACUCUGAUCUAGAUAUUUCACCCGUGAAGUCUCGGCCCUAUAUCCCCACAGACGGUAAAACGGAACCGGCUCGCAAUUUUGAGGAUCCCGAUAGAAACUUGUCCUCCUAUUUAUUCCCCAUGGACGUGGAUCGUGUUCCGCUCUACAUAUACCCAUGGUUAAAUACAUCUGAUGCCGCCAAAGCCACUAUGGAUCCCCAUUACGGGCUAUUUACAAGUGACAAUGUCCCGCCCGGUGCUACUGAUGGUUCAGCACAAGACCUUCUUCCAGCUGGUGGAGGACCAGGUGGAAACCCUGGUCUUUAUGAUAUCCUAUAUCAAAUUACGGCGACCAUCACAAACACUGGCGAUAUUCCUGGUGAUGAAGUCCCUCAACUUUAUGUAUCUUUGGGCGGUCCCAACGAUGCCAAAGUAGUCCUUCGAAAUUUCGACAGGCUCACUAUUGCUCCCGGUGAAGCCAAGGUCUGGAAAGCUGUGUUAGCUCGACGUGAUAUAUCAAAUUGGGAUCCUAUAUCACAGAACUGGGUGAUUAGUAAAUACCCAAAAACGGUGUAUGUGGGUAGUUCAUCGCGAAAUUUACCACUAUCUGCGCCUCUGCCCCCAAUGAAUGUUGAAAAGGCUUUUGGCUUUCUUUUGUCUUGA